AUGCGGUAGUCAAAGGCAGGCAACGAAUGCCAAUCGGUGCCAAAUUCAGCCUGAUGUGUGACGGGGGGCAGAACCAUGGCCGGUGCAAUGAUACAGGAAGCUUUUGGCAAGGACGUGGAGCUUUACGAGCUGCUCGGAGUUGGACGAGCAGCCACAUCAGCUGACAUCAAGAAGGGGUACUACAAAGCAGCGCUGCGGUGGCAUCCCGACAAGAAUCAGGGCAAAUCUGAUGCUACGCUGAAGUUUCAAGCUCUUGGUGAAGUGCACCGCAUCCUGAGCGAUCCAGACCUUCGAGCUCAAUAUGACUCUACGGGGUGCUUUCCAAAGUCGCAGUGCAAGAUGGAUUGGCGCCCAUAUUUUGCCAAGCUUUUCAAGCCAGUGACAAAACAAAGACUUGAUGACUUUACUCGCCAAUAUGUCGGCUCGGACGAAGAGCGCCAGGACGUGCUUGGUGCUUAUGUUGAUGGGAAUGGUGACUUGGGCUACAUCAUAGACAAUGUGAUGCUGGCGACAGAGGAGGAUGCCGCCAGGUUUGAAGAGCUGGUGAGAAGCGGCAUCAGCGCCGGAGAGGUGCAACUCCUGCCGGGGUUGGCACUUUCAGCCUGCGGGUCUGCGCAGGCAAAGAAGAGGCAGCGCAAAGCAAGCAGAGAAGCGAAGCAAGCCAGCAAGAUCCAGAAGGGAAUGCGCAAGACCAGGGAUGCAGGAGAUUUGGCUGCAGCGAUACAAGGAAGGAUGCAGGCGAGAAGCGGGGACUUUCUCGCACAGCUGGAAGAGAGGUACAGUGGGAGCUCAAAACCGAAGCGGAUGAAGCGCCCUGCAGCCUCCUGACAGAGUAGAAAAGAGUAGAAAAGAGCGAUCCCUUUGAUGGAGGUUUGAUUUGCCACGGUAGCCAAGCAGGCUUUUGAAGAGUG